ACAUGGAAGAAGCUAAAACACAAAUAAAAAAACUACAGUUUGCUUUGCAAGAGAUGCAGCUUCAGCUUAAGGAAAAUAAAGAAAUGUUUGAGAAGGAACGUGAGGAUGCAAAAAGGGCAGCAGAAAGGCUUACCAGUGAAAAAGAAAUGCUCAUGGCUGACAUGGAAGAAGAUAAAACACAAAUAAAAAAACUACAGCUUGCUUUGCAAGAGAUGCAGCUUCAGCUUAAGGAAAAUAAAGCAAUGUUUGAGAAGGAGCGUGAGGAUGAAAAAAGGGCAGCAGAAAGGCUUACCAGUGAAAAAGAAAUGCUCAUGGUCAAGUUUAGUUCAGUGGAAAUGAAAAUCGAUGAAACAGAGAAAAAAUAUGAGGCAAACAAAAUUAGCGAACAGAGGUUGUUGAAGCACACUUCGGAGGAAAUAAUUCAAAUAAAGACUGUCAUUUGGAGACUUGAGUCUGAAAACAAACUUCUUCGGCAGCAAGUCUUGCUAAUACUAACACCCGUAGAAGAGAUAUCAGAACAUCCACCGACUCCUGCAACCAAGGAGAAUGUUGAUGCUCUUGUUAGUUGUGUUACAAAAAACAUUGGAUUCAGCCACGGGACACCUGUUGCGGCACUUAUGAUCUACAAGUGUCUUCUCAACUGGAAAUCUUUUGAAGCUGAAAGGACUAGUGUAUUUGAUCGGCUCAUCCAUAUGAUUGGCUCUGCCAUCGAGGAUCAAGAUAACAAUAAUCACAUGUCUUAUUGGUUAUCAAAUACAUCUACUUUAUUAAUCUUGCUGCAAAGAUAUCUGAAAGGUGCUGGUGUGAGUGGUGCAACUCCACAUCGAAAACCACCCCCUCCAACAUCCCUCUUGGGGAGGAUGACCAUGGGGUUUCACUCAUCCCAUUCUUCGCCCAAUCUUCCUGUCGCCUCACGUGAUGUAGUAUGCCAAGUAGAGGCUAACUACCCAGCUUUGCUUUUCAAGCAGCAGCUCACAGCCCUUGUGGAGAAGAUAUAUGCAACCAUUCGAGACAACUUGAAGAAGGAGUUGGCAUCUUUGCUUUACUUAUGUAUCCAGGAGCCAAGAAAAACAAAGGGAAUACUAAGAUCUGGGCAGUCCUUUGGGAAAGAUUCUCCAGCUACUCAUUGGCAGAGCAUUAUUGAACGCCUCAACAUUCUCCUCAAUACACUGAAAGAAACUUUUGUGCCUCCAAUUCUUGUUCAGAAGAUCUUCACUCAAACUUUCUCAUAUAUAAACUUACAACUCUUUAAUAGCCUUCUUCUGCGUCGCGAGUGUUGUACAUUCAGCAAUGGGGAAUAUUUGAAAGCUGGGUUAGCUGAGUUGGAGCUAUGGUACUGCCAAGCGAAAGAACAGUAUGCAGGCUCCUCAUGGGAUGAACUUAAGCGCUUAAGACAGGCAGUUGGGUUCUUGGUCAUACAUCAAAAAGAUAGAAUGUCCUGGGAUGAAAUCACCAAUGACCACUGCCCUAUCCUAAGUGUUCAGCAGCUGUAUAGAUUAAGUACCUUGUUUUGGGAUGAAAAUAAUACGGAACGUGUGUCACCAGAUGUCAUUUCCAGCAUGAGGUUACUUAUGACGGAGGACUCUAACAAUGCUCCGAGCAAUUCCUUUCUGUUGGAGGACGAUUCCAGCAUACCCUUCUCGGUUGACGACCUCUCUACUUCUCUGCAUGAGAAGGAUUUCUCCGAUGUCAAACCAGCAGAUUAACUUCUUGAUAAUUCAGCCUUCCAAUUUUUGAGCAGUGCAUUCAGAUUCUCUGGUCAUUGUAUUGGUGGACGCAAAUCCCUUACCCCUUUUUUUACACUAUUUCCACGCCCCCCCGCAGUAAAAUUAUUCUUGUAUUAAUUUCUUUUAGCAUUUAUAUUGUACAAUUUGACUCGCAUGUAUUGGAAGACAAUGCGAC